GUGUGUGUGUGUGUGUGUGUGUUUUUUCCGUUUGGAGGCUGCAUGUGCUGUGAUGCCACUGUCUGUGUUUCUUUUUCUCUCAUUCUUUGACUUCAUCACAUUUCACUCUAAAGGGAGGAGGAAGGAAGUUCACUUCAUCUACUGUUACUCAGGAGCCUGAGACUCUGUGUGUGUGUGUGUGUGUGUGUGUGAAGCUGGACGAUCAGCAAUGCUGUAGUUCUCCUUCUGAACUGGACCGGGCUGGAACACAGACAGUGAGCUGCGACAGGACAGGACGAGUGUGAGAUGGAGCCAGUGAAGGUGACGUCUCGUCCUGAUGCACAUACACAGCAGAUGAAUGGAUCUGUAAAUCAGACGCAGUGCGUGAACAUUGAGAUCAGUCCGAUUAGCGACUUGCUAAUGGGCAUCUACAUCACUGCACUGGUGCUGGGCUUGGUGAUUAACCUGCUCACGGCGUGGCCCAUCAUCCAGCAGAUCCGCAAGAAGAACGUUCUGGGCGUCUACCUGCUCAGUCUGUCCAUCUCAGACGUCCUCUACAUCCUCACCAUGCCACUGUGGAUCAUUUACUACUACAAUGACCACCAGUGGAAGCUCGGCCUCAACCUGUGCAAGCUAGCUGGGUUUGUUUAUUACUCCAACAUGUACAUCAGCAUCUACCUGCUGUGCUGCAUCUCCAUCGACCGCUGCCUCGCCGUCACCUUUCCUCUGAAGACCAAGACUUUCCGCCGCUACAGGUACGCCUGGCUCAUCUCGGGGUUCAUCUACAUCUUCACCGCCAGCCUGCACAUCCUGGUCAUUUUAAUGGACAAGGUGACGGACCCUCUGGAUAAAUAUGGCCGCUGCUACGAGACGUUUCCCAUGACGGGGCGCGUGGCUCUGUUUAACCUCCUGCGCGUGGUCAUCGGCUUCCUGCUGCCUCUGCUGGUGUUAGCCAUGUGCUACUUUCAGAUCUUCAGGAAGGUGAAGGAGAGCGUGGGAUUAGACGAUCAGGGCAAGCGCAAGGUCAAGCUGCUGUCUGUGGGAGUCAUCGCCAUCUUCUCCAUCUGCUACGCCCCCUACCACAUCCAGCUGCUCGUACGCUCCAUCGCUUUUAACUACUUUCAUUUUCAGAAAUACUGCGAUUUCGAACAGGCGCAGCACUUUUACUUCUCCGGGACGCUGGCCAUGUCGAGCCUGAACAGCGUGGUAGACCCUCUGCUCUACGUCUUAGUGAGUAACGGCAUGAGGGAAAGCGUACGGCUCUGCUGUGGGACGAAAUCAUGCAGCUGCUCAUAAACUGCCACAAAACACAGGCUGGAGCUGCAACACUGAGGAUUAAACUCAGGAACUCCAACAGAUUUAAACAAAAUGUGAGGAAAAGUCACCUGAUGGAAACAUGGAAGGACAUGAAAAAGGAACUCACUCCUGCCUGCAGCUAAUUUCUCUCCAGUGUAGAGAUCAUUGAGGUGACCUUUAACCUUGAGGCUCUGCCCACAAGCAUCUGAUAUCACAUUAACGCUGUAACCUGAUUGGCUGACUGAUAAAUGUUCACUAAGAAAUGUUUGCCUUGUGUUUUAAAAUGAUUAGCGUUUUGUCUGAAACAUUGGCGAAUGAAUGCACUUAAUCGUCUGAAGUGUCAGUCACAUGGUCUCUUCCUGUGAAAGGAAGCAGGACUUGUUUAUUAUAGCCAUGUUUUUCAUUAAAAGUACCAAAGAUUUUGUAGAGAAAGUUGAGCUUGUGGACUGAUGAGGCAGAAGCCAGAGGAGGAACCAAGAAGAGCUGGAGCAGUUUGUUUUCCUACAGUGGAAAAAUGACAGAGGAGCAAAGAGCAGCAGAGUGUGUGUCUGUGUGUGUGUGUGUGUGUGUGUGUGUGUGUGCAGCUUUUUAAACUGAAAUAUACUCUAAGAAAUCCCAUCACGAUUUAUAAGGUGAAAAAAGGAAUGAAGAACAUCACACAGGGGAAGUUUGUGUUUCCUAAUAAACUGCAUCUCGCCAUCAUGUGAACGCAGCACAGAAACUCAUCAUGUUCACGUCUGUUAAAAGAUAUUAAUGCAUUUGUAUUUUUUUUUCAGCUUUUGUAUUAAUCUGAACGUUCUGUCUCUGAUCCCUACAUCUUUUGUUUCAUCACUUUUAAAACCUUAAACAUUUUUAAAACCUGAUAUUUUUUUAAACAGUUAAAUUCUCUUUCACUCAUUAUUUCCAGCUCCAUGUGUCUUAUUUAUUAAAAACUUUGUUUUAUUUUUUGACAAAUUUACACCUUCAUUAUAGAAGCACAAACAGGCAAAAUAAUAAUAAAGAUAAAAGAUAAUAAAAAUGUUCAUACAUGCCUCUAUUUAAUUUCUGACUC